UAGCUUCUUGUUGUUGUUAUUCUUUCUUCUCAGAUUACUAUAAACCAAAUAGCUGAUGGUUGUGCUAAAAUUUCUUCUCUAUUUUGAUACCCAAAAAUAAAUAAAUAAAUAAGUAAAUAAAUAAAAGGUGAACAAAAAAAAAAACAGGGGCUUUGGGCCGUGCAGAUGAUACCAAUCUGCAUGGCACGUUCUCAAACCUUCAAUUUGUAGCCCCUGAAGACUUUGAUUUCUUCGUCUCUUCGUUGAAUCUUGGACUUUGUGGCAUCCCAGUCGCCUGAGAACCAGAAAGGAGGGAAUACUUAAAAUAGAGAUUGUUAUUGGAGGAGGGGGUUAUUGAAUCUGAUUGGCAAUGAAUUGCUGUGGUACAACUGUUAAUGAUGAUUUUGGGGAUAUUGAAGCGUUUUAUCCAAUAAAGCCUGAUUGCAGGGAGGAUGUUCCUCAGACUCGUUUCAAGCCCAAGACUGGGAAAACUCUGAGUGCAAAACGAUGGCAUUCUUCCUUCUCCGAGGAAGGUUAUCUAGAUAUGGCCACUGUACUGAAGCGGAUACAACGGGGGGGUGUUCAUCCUUCAAUCAAAGGAGUAGUGUGGGAGUUCUUGCUUGGAUGUUAUGAUCCUAGGAGCACUUUUGAUGAAAGGAGCCAACUGAGACAUAAACGGAGGUCAGAGUAUGAAAAAUUAAAAUCAAAAUGCCAAGAGAUGGAGAAGGCUGUUGGAAGUGGCAGAGUGCUUACUGCACCUGUAAUUAGUGAAGAUGGGCAGCCUGCUGCGGGUUCAUCAAUAGAUGAGGACGUUUCUGAUGAUGAAACCAGAGACCCUUCAGCAGAGCAGGAAAUGAGUGAUCUUCAUGUCAAUGAAGAAGUUGUCAAGUGGAAACUCACCUUGCACCAGAUUGGCUUGGAUGUAGUUAGAACAGACCGAACGCUUGUUUACUAUGAGAAUCAAAGUAAUCAAUCAAGGCUUUGGGAUGUUCUUGCAGUAUAUUCAUGGAUAGAUCGGGAUAUUGGUUACUGUCAAGGAAUGAGUGAUCUCUGCUCACCAAUAAUAAUGCUUGUCGAAAAUGAGGCAGAUGCCUUUUGGUGCUUUGAACAUUUAAUGCGUAGACUGCGAGGGAAUUUUAAAUGCACCAGUAGUUCAAUUGGAGUUCGAUCGCAGCUUACAAUACUGGCAUCAAUUGUAAAAACUAUUGAUCCGGCACUUCAUCAGCAUUUAGAAAGCCUGGAUGGAGGAGAGUAUCUCUUUGCCUUCCGAAUGUUGAUGGUGCUUUUCCGCAGAGAGUUCUCUUUUGUGGAUGCAAUGUACCUUUGGGAGUUGAUGUGGGCAAUGGAGUACAACCCGAAUCUCUUCCAUAUGUAUGAAGCCGAUGGAUCCAACGAUCUAAAGGUGGUUGAUACGAGGAAUAACACCGUAUCAUUGAAGCAAUAUGGUAAGUUCGAGAGGAAGAAUGUGAAGUCUGGUGUGAAAAAUGAGCAACAGGCCACACUGUCCAUCUUUCUUGCUGCUAGUGUUCUCGAAGCCAAGAACAAGCGUUUGCUAAUGGAGGCCAAAGGCCUGGAUGAUGUUGUCAAGAUUUUGAAUGACAUAACUGGAAACUUGGAUGCAAAGAAGGCAUGUUAUGAUGCAUUGAAGCUUCAAAAUAAAUACUUGAGUAAGGUAAAAGUAUCAUGAUCUUCAUUCGUUUCAAUGUUAAAGGUGGCGGCGAGAUUUUGCCUAAAGUUACAAAUUUUUACACCAUUAUUUUCUUUUUUUGUUUAUUUACAAGCUAUUAAAUUCAUCCUGUAAUGGCGGAAGUAUUGCUCUGUUUUGAUUAACAUGUGGGUGGAAUGAAUAGAGAGGUCAAUGAAUCUCUGGCGUGAUGUGUUGUAGAUCCGGAUGUUCGGUUUGGUCCUUAUUACUUCCAUUAAUAUAAAUUUUUUUUUUGUUCCA